CUUUCACGACUGUCCUGGAUCAACGGCAUGUUUCGUCUGGCGUUCAUCGGGAAAUUUGAAGUCCAAAAUAUUGUUUAAUUUAGUCGCCGUUUUGGUGUUUUUUCAAUAUCGUCGUGACAUUUUUCUGCGACAUUUUUGGGGCGACGUUUUUGGAGUGAUUUUUGAAGACCUUUUUGCUGACAUUUUUGACUUCAUUUUAAAACACACGAACAGCUCCCCCUUUCUCAAUCAUGAACCGAUUCUACGGCGGCGGCGGUGGCAGUCCCGGCCUGGGGUUCAACCAACAACACUUCAAUCGAUUCCACUCGCCUCGACAGGUGUCCAACAUCAGCAACAACACAAACAGCAACGACCAACAGGCCAGAGAAUCCAGACUGUUCUGCGGCAACUUGAACCCUGAGUUUGUCUGUCAGCAGGAACUAGAGGAGAUCUUCUGUCGACACGGCACCCUUCUUGGCAUCUCCUUGCACAAGGGGUAUGCAUUCAUUCAAUUCUCCAAUAAGGAAGAAGCACGCAAAGCUGCCCGAUUGGAACAGGGAAGAAUUCUGUCCUCACAACCACUGGAUCUGAAUAUCGUCAGUGAUCCUAACCCAAACCGGCCAAAGGGUUUCAAGAGAGUGCAGCCAACUUACAACAGCAGUGGUUAUGUUGAUCCGGCAACCCUCCCCGUCAUUCCAGCAGCCAAUUCCAGCCCCCACCCUGGUGGACCGCCUGCUGCUAAGAAAGUCAGACGCUUUAUGGAACAGAGUCAAAUGGGCAAAGAAGGAGAUGAGCCAUCAUCGUGGACAUGUGCUUACUGCAAGGAGGUCUGCUCAUCCUGCUGGGGGUUGGUCAAACACGUCUCUAUGAGCCACCAGACUCGUAUCUACCUGGAAGAUUCAGAACAGCAGCCAAAUGCAUAAAUGAAACCGGGCUCUCGAUAAAUCACUCAAUAAAUCACUCAAUGUCCAUUCCCCACUCCCUCCGCUCCAUAAAACAAAACAAGAGAAACCCUAAAUGACUAAACAAGAAUUUAAUAACAUAUGUACAUAAGAAAGCAGGCAUGCAACUUUUUCUCAGAUCAGCCGAUUUCCUCUUUUUUAACUAAGUUUUACCAUUCAAAAUUGAAA